AUUUUGUAAUAGAAUUAGACUGAGUGGUGUUAUUUUUUUCCAAUAAAUUUCCCUAAAAAAACCAUUAGUUAUAAUUGACCAAAGUUGGUGAUGAAUGAGAAUGUUAGCAUAUGAGAAGAUGCAUGUGAUGUGUUGUUUAUAUCUAAAGUGGAUUCAAAUUAACGAUCCAUCCCACCACAGAGAACAUGCGUGUCUGUGUUAGUGUUGAAUUGAGGGGCUAUAUAAACCCCUCCACACCAUGCCAUACCACACCACACUGCACCAUUUCCUUUGCACUUUUAACUACAAUACAAACUUCGUUUUUGUUUUUCCUCUCACAUUUUCUGAUUAUGGACAAAAUCCAUUCCCACAGGCAGGUAGCUGUUAUCAAACACUCCCUCUUCGAUCAGGGAUAUUUGGAUGAGCAGUUUAUCCAACUGGAAGAAUUGCAGGACGAUGCUAAUCCUAACUUUGUUGAGGAAAUUGUUACUCUUUACUACCGUGAUUCUUCUAGGCUUAUCUCAAACUUGGACCACACACUGGAAAGGAACCCUCUGGAUUUCAACAAGCUGGACACAAUUAUGCACCAGUUUAAAGGAAGCAGCUCAAGCAUCGGAGCUAAAAAGGUGAAAGCGGAAUGCACUCUGUUUAGGGAAUAUUGCAGGACAAGAAAUGGAGAAGGAUGCAGGAGGAGCUUCCAACAAAUGAAGAAAGAAUAUGCAAUACUGAGAAAGAAGCUUGAAACAUAUUUUCAGAUGGCAAGGCAAGCUGGGCCCAAAGAGACAGCAUUUCGGCCCAAGUAAAGAGCUUGCAAUUAGAAAGAUGUGCUUUUCAUGAGGUAAAAUGUAAUUGGUGAAUUUUGUAACUAAGAAAAAUGCAUAUUCACCACUUUAGGAAAGGCAAUAUCACCCGUUUUGGGGUACUAUGCAUAUGUUUCCAAAUGUUAAGAAAAGGAAUCUUUUUUCUAAAGUUCUAUAGUUAGUUCCACUAAUACAGAAGAACACUGUUUUACUUCUAAAUCUGUAAGUAAUAGCAUUACAAUUCUCUCUCACUCUCUGUCUCUUAUUUGGGCUCAAUCGUCAAGUUCUGUUUAUUUUUUUUCUUUUAGAGGGUCUAAGUGUGUAACAUCUGAGAAAAUUGAAAAAUAGUAGGUCCACAACCCUGGCCGAAGCAAACACAGCUAUGGGAGAGAGAAAACACUACCAAAAACACAAAAUUUGUUCGGCAUAUCACCAUAUUCAAUCAUUCAAUUACUAACAAAUUUCAACUUGCAUAAAUGACAAAUUUCAGCAUGCAUAAAUGACGAAUCGCGUCUAUUCAAGAAGAUUCUUUCUAUCCCGUCCCUUCGAGUUGUUACCGCCUAAAUCAGAGGAACGAAUAGUAUACAAACUUCGCACCGAAAUCAGUUAAUAAAACUCUAACCUAAACUAGAAGAAGAGUGGAGCAGAGAGGAAUGGUUAGUUACCAUAAGAAUCGAAGCCGAAGGUAGGAGCACCGUUAUUGGGUUUGGGAUGCUUGUCGUCGAGCAGAAUUUGCUCCACGGCGUUGCCAAGGCUGAUUCCGUUCUGAAUGAAGGAGGUAAAGGCGGUGGAGGAACAGUCUACGUCGUCACUGCCGGUGGAUGAAAGCGUUGACGGCAGGAUGAAUGUCAAUCUGAUACUCUUCGGCGGCGGCAGAGUCGUCAAAUUCCUUCACGUGCUCGCGGCAGACCCUACUUCUCGUGAUCAGUGAGCGCGAGGUUGAAGUCGAAGGCCUCGUUCCUCUAAUCGAACCCUAGCUCGAUGAAGGUGUGCUUUCGGUGACCGUGAUCGAUCUUGAGGACGAAAUUGCGCGAAGAGUCGAGGACCGGCUCGACCGCGUUGGCCAGGGUACACGAAGCAUGCGGCGAAGAGGUCACU